GCAAAAACAGUCGUUUGCUCCACCCUGUCAGCAACUAAAUAAAUUUGCCACCAUCUCCAACUCAAACGUCACUUCUCCACGGAGAGACACACGCAGCUUUCCUCUAGCACAUAGUAAGGCCUAUCCGCCGCUGGAAUUUGACCGAUUCUCCUCGUUUGGACCGAGCGCUUUUUGUCUUUCCGGCAACAAGAUGCAGAAGCUCAUUCUUCUGGCAGGUCUAUUGGCAGUCAGCGCUCACUUGGUUUCAGGUGCUGCACAAAAGAGACUGGUGUGCGUCUAUCAGGAAACCUCGGCUCGAGUUGACCAGAACCCCUUUCACAUUGAGACUGACAUUGAUGCACACCUGUGCACGCACCUCAUCUUUAGCUCCGUCAAGCCUACGAACUUUAUCGUAAGCUUGGAUCGGUUGGACAAAAAAGUUCAAGCCUUCAACAAGCUAAAGAUCAGCAAUACCGAGCUUAAAACCUUUCUUGAAGUCAAUCUGACCAUGGCCGACAGCGCGAUGUAAGUCACAAAACAAAUG